ACUGAUAUAGCUAUGACUCACAGCAGUCUCUCUUGAUAAUCAUGGGCUCUAAAUGCCUUUGUCUUUUGGCUAUCUUUGCUGUUAUAAACAAAGCUAAUUCUCAUCCACUUAUUCGUUCAAGCAAUGGACUUAGCAAGUGCCGUAAAAACCUUAGUGCACCAGCACUGGAGGUUCUCCCAGGUGGAGGCUGGGACAACCUGCGUAACAUAGAUAUGGGUCGAGUGAUGAACCUAAGCUAUUCACAAUGUCAGACCUCAGAAGACGGCAUCUACAUCAUUCCAGAUGAGACAUUUGUCAUUCCGCAGAAGGUGAGCUCAGUAGAGAUGAACUCUGAGAUCAUCAGCUCAUGGACUGAACAGAAAAGCUCUACUUCGAGGUCAAUCAAUGUUGAGGCUUCCUUUUUCAAAGUGGUGAAUGGAAAGUUUUCUACUGAGAACAAACGCAUAAAAACCCACCAAGUGAAGGAUAAUUCAGUCACAGCUCGUGUACAGGUGCGUAACCAUCUGUACACAGUAAAGGCAUUUCCUGAUUUCACAUUGGAUGUUCGUUUUGCUCGACAGGCAGAGGAAAUUGCUGAUGCCAUUGAGAACAACCAAACUCGCAUGGUAUCCUAUCUGUCUGAAAAGAUGGUGCUUGAUUAUGGUACACAUGUUAUCACAAGUGUGGAUGCUGGUGCUACUUUGAUGGAGGAGGACUAUUUAAAAUCAUCGUAUGUCUCUGACGCACAGUCCUCUCAGUCCUCUGUCACAGCAUCAGCUGGUGCCAACUUUUUUGACAAAGUUUCAUUUAAUAUUGGCAGUAAGGUGUCACAAGAAACAUCUGAAACCAAGGCCUACAAAGGAAAUAUUACAUACUCUAUAACACUGAGUCAUGGUGGGGCUUUGUUUUAUCCUGGCAUCACUCUCCAAAAAUGGCAGGAGAGCACAUUAAACAAUUUAAUUGCUAUUGACCGUAGUGGAUUACCACUACAUUUUUUUCUCAACCCAUCAACAUUUCCAGACCUCCCAGUUCCAACUGUAAAUAAAUUAGCUCUGUCUGUGCGUAAGGCCAUCGAACGUUACUACAAAAUUAACACCUAUCCAGGGUGUGUCAAUCCAGACUCCAAAAAUUUCAACUUUCAAGCAAAUGUGGAUGAUGCAUCCUGUGAAGGUCCAAGCACCAACCUUAGCUUUGGUGGUGUUUUCCAACACUGUACUCCACAGACAUCAGAUGGAGAUGCAAUUUGUCAGGAACUUGCUGUGAAAAACCCAGCCACUGGCGAUUAUAGCUGUAAACAGCCAUACGCUGCUACAUUGUUGCGCUCUGAAGUGCAGGAAAGGCCAUAUAAUAAGAUGGAGUGCCACCAGAAAUGCCAUUCAUGCUGGUUGUUUCUCACAUGUUGCAAAGAGGUAUGUGGAAAUGUGUAUUAUGUUCGACGUGCACAGGUUGAAACAUAUUGGUGUUCCACUAAUGAGAAAGCUCCAGAAUUCUCUGGAUAUCUAUUUGGUGGUCUAUUUGGCACAACUUUACAAAAUCCAUUAACCAAAUCUAUGUCCUGUCCUCCAAAUUUCUUUGCUCUAAAAUUUUUAUCCAAUGGUAUUAUGAUCUGUCUAAGCAAUGACUAUGAGGCAGCAACAAGAUUUUCUGUGCCAUUUGGAGGUUUCUUUAGCUGCCAGUCUACCAAUAUGCUUGCAGGGGGACAAUCCCGCUGCCCACCACAGUUCAGCCAGCAUCUUGCUGCCAUAAGUGAUGGAUGUCAGGUGCUGUACUGUGUUCAGUCAGGCAUUUUCACUGGAGGUGAGUUACUUCCCAUCCACCUCCCACCCUUCACAAGACCACCUGUGAUCAGUAUGGUAGCCACAAACACUGUGGCUGUAAUGACUGAAGGAGACCGGGCCUGGGUCAGAAUCAAAGACACAAAGAUGUGGAAGGUGGCCAAACCUGAGGACAUUGCAAAAAUGUCCCAAAUGUUUGAGGAUGAUGCCUCUCAAUCACAAAGAAAAACAAUUGGCAUAGCAUUUGGUGUUCUAGCAUUGGUAGCUCUUGUGGUGGCAGUAGCAUUGUUAGCGAGAAAGCGGAAGAAGGGUUUUCUUUAUAGAAGAGGUGGAGGCUAUGAGGAAAUUCAAAGUGAAGGAUUGUGUGUGACCACUGUAGAAAGCCAGCAAGAUCAACAUUCUGAGAAUGUGAUUGAUGAUCAUACUCAAAAGGUCUUGGAAUAGUGUUUCUAUCUGUUAAUAAACACUGAUUUACAGCAGCAAUGCACUGUUAUCUAACAACUAUAAACUUUAACUGCUUUAAGCUAUUAUUAUUCAAUACUAAACAGAAUAUUUUAUGUUGUAUCUUUUCCUAUUAUAUAUUAUAAUUAUAAUAUGAUAAUUGAAAUCACAACACUGACAUAUGUAAAACAUUGUAAAAUAUAUAUUUUAUAUAUACCUUUCUUAAUCUGAUUAACUGUGAUUGUAUACUUAUUGAAGAAUUUUUAAAACAUUUUUACAAUAUUCUGAUUUUAUUAAAGUUUUCUGUAAAAACAAAA